AUGGAUCCCAUGGAGAGAGAUGACAAGUGGGUCCCCACGCCCGCAAGCUCGCUCGUGCCGCUACCAUCGGCCGUCGGGAGGCGGAGCGGUCGCGGGGACGAGGCGCCGCCGGACGGAGGCGGAGAGGGCGUGGGAGCGAGGACGCCUACCGGAGGCAGAGGCGAGGCCGCCGGCCGGAGCAGGAGCGGGGUCAAGGCGCAGCCGGCGCGAGGCGGAGCGGCCGGCCGCGGGGUUGAGGCGCGCCGUCGGGAGGUGGAGCGGCCAUGGGGACGAGGCGCCGCCGGCCGGAGCAGGAGCGGCGGGUCAAGGCGCAGCCGGCGGGAGGCGGAGCGGCCGGCCGCGGGGUUGAGGCGCGCCGUCGGGAGGUGGAGCGGCCAUGGGGACGAGGCGCCGUCGUCCGGAGCGGAGCGGUGGGAGGACGGCAAGGACGACAACGACCGCACGGGGUGGGAGGCCGGCGUCGCCGCGGAGGAACGCGGCGCGCAGGCAGGAGGAGAGAGAGGUGACAAGUGGGCCCCAUAUGUCAUUGAGGGAAUGAGCAGUGACGUGGACUGA